AAUAACAUUUGAACCUCUUCAUAGCGGAGUACAAACUCAGUCUUUCAAAGGCUUACAGACACAGAAGAGCAAGUCAUCAUAGAAAUGAAGUCUCUUCAGAUACUAAGACCAGCUUGUGUGGUAUUAUGGAGACCAAACAGAUGUGUUUCCUGUCUACUUGGGCUGAUCAUGUAUCUGGGCUGUGCUGCAUCCUUCAACAUUGGCCCAAUGACAACAGGCCUGCGCUCUGCCUUUUCCGCCACACGUAGCAGCAGCAUAUUGGGUGGCACUCAACGAGCUGUGACCUUUGACCGCCUUCUAGUCAACAUCGGAGAAGACUUCAAUCCAGAGACGGGCACUUUCCGUUGCCGCCUGCCUGGUGCGUACUACUUCUCAUUCACAGUGGGAAAGUUCCCAAAAAAGAUGCUGUCGGUCAUGCUGGUUAAGAACGGGAUGGAGGUGCAGGCCAUGGCAUACGAUGGAUACCAGAACCAGGGCCGCAAGGUUCAAAGCCAGAGCGUGAUGGUCAGUCUAAAACCCAUGGAUACAGUCUACCUGCUGCUUCAGGAGAAUCCCCACUAUGCCAUCUACAGCAACGUCGGACCGUACAUCACAUUUAGUGGUUAUCUUGUCUACCCAGACUCUACAUCUACUGUUGGAUAUCUCAAUAACCACCUAUCUCCUCCAGGCCUCCAUCUUCCAGGUUGUCCUCCCCCUGUAGAUGCCUAUUAUGAUUGGAGAAGAAGAUCAACCACUGAGGAACCACGUUCUGCAUUUUCAGUGGCAAGAACUAAAUCAGCGCUGGGAGAAACCAGAGGGGAUCGUGAAAGAGAGGCUCUCACGUUUGACGUAGAGUAUGUGAACAUUGGUGGCCAUUUUAACAAAACAUCCGGACAUUUUACCUGCCACUUCCCUGGUGCGUACUACUUUGCGUUUACCGUGGGAAAGCACCCUCGUCGUGCGGUUUCAGUGAAGCUGAUGACAGGCAAAGGGGAGGUGCGGGCCAUGGUGUUCGACGAGGACAUGUCGCGGCGGAGAGAGAUGCAGAGUCAGAGUUUGCUGUUGUCACUGAAAAGGGGAGACAGUGUCUGGCUGUACAGUCAGCAGGAUGACGGAUAUGCUGUUUACAGCAACCAGGGAAGAUAUACAACCUUCUCUGGUUUCCUGGUCUACCCUGACGGCGAAUCCAUGAACAUAGACAGAACUUUCCCUUGAGAACCAAAGCCAGCAACAGUACUGAUUAAUUCAUAGUAUAGUUUUUGUACUAAUUUUUGUACCUCUUAACAUAGUGCUAUUGUUAUGUGCUUCUACACAGCACAAUCAUAAUGUAACAUUAUGUAUUCAUACUGUAUACUUUUUUUGGGGGGGGGGGGGGUGGUGUAAAACAUCAUUCAUGACUUAACAAGCAUUAGGACUUUUUACACUUGAAAUAGUUAACCCUGGGUCAUUCUAAAUGGAAUCCUGUGUUAACAAUUAAUCAUGGGAAUUAAUAAACUGACAUUUAACACCACAGUACAUUAUCUAAACCCUAAUUUUCUAAAAGGAAAAAAGUUUUUCGGACUAUAAAGGUAAGAAUAAAAGUUUCCACUUCUCUCCAAGUCACUUGUUAUCCAUCACAGUUUAACAAUUUCUCUCUAACACCAAAAGGUAUUAUACUAUGCGCUUAUGAGGCAUGCGACUGGGUGUCUGUUGCUAAGCCUAGCCAUAACACUAACACAACACACACACACACACACACACACACACACACACACACACACAUACAUAAAAUACACUAAAUUACAAGUGGGUAACGUAUACUUUCACUUUAGCUUAGUUUAGAAUGAAGUUUAGAAUGAUGUGAAAAGCCUUUAUGGUUAGAAGAUCAUUAGUUAUUGUAUGUUAAAUUGGAACUUUAAUAUAUAUUCAUAUUGAAAUGUAAAUGAACUACCGAUCUGUUAAGCAUUAGCCUAUAUAUCAUUUUUGUUAACGUUACUAUAAAGUUACUAUUUCUUGUAAGCUAUAAUUGUUUAGCAUGUUAUGUUUGUGUAACGCUCAUAUGGUUAAAAGAAAAAUGUACACAGGCACAGUUGAUGCUGAUUUUAUUGUUCCAUUGUAACUAUUGUUAACAUGUAGCCUAGUACUUUAACAAAUAUUAAAA